UACUGUGACUUAUUAUUGGUUUUCAAUUUUCUACAUUGGCAGUCCAUUAUUCAUAUGAUCUGUUUUGAAUUUCAUUAUUCAUAGAAUGGAUAGUCACAAGGCAAGAACACCACUGGGUUCACAUAAAUUUCUUCACAAGAGUGGAAGGUUGGAUUCUCUGCGGAAUGUUAACUCCCAAAAGAUCAAAACUCCGGGCUGCACGCAGAGAGCUGCAACUAAAGCUGAUCAUCUCAAGGACAUCAGUGAAGGCCUUAGCACAUCUAAGGAGUUGCUUAAAAUACUCGACUACACGUGGGAGAUGGAUGACAGAAGCUGUACAUUUAAAUCGCUUGUUGCAGCACUAAAAUGUGAGCUUGAACAAACUGAGGCCAAGGUGGGCAAGUUAAUUCAAGAACAACAAGUUGAAGAAAGUAAGAUGGGCUGCCUCAUGAAGAAAUUUGCGAAAGAAAGAUACCUGUGGAAAACGAAAGAGCAAGAAAGAAUUCAAAAUGCAGUUGAGUCCAUUGCGCGAGAGCUACAAGUGGAAAAGAAGUUGAAAUGCCAAUUUGAGAGACUAAACAGAAAGCUGGGAAAAGAAUUAGCCACUACAAAGGCAAGUAUCUUCACGAUAGAGAAGGCGUUUGACAGUGCUAACACGAGAUCGCGGAAGGGAGAAAAUAUUAAUGGGGAUGAUACAGAAAUGGAUUAUUCACCUGAUAGUGAUCUUCACUCUAUUGAGUUCAACAUGGAUAACAAUUGCAAGACAUAUGACUGGAGUUUCAUAUCCGCAUCGCGUAAAGAAAAUUAUGAAGAUCAGAUGCUAAGAUGCAAUAUGAUUAAGAAUGUGAGGGACCGUAUCGUUUAUGGUUCUUGAUUAGCAAUGUUGCCCGGGGCAACUUAUGCUAAAUUCUUUAUGGCAGUUUAGUAAAGAGAUGCAACUCCUCACUGGCAUGCAGAAUUGCAGAUAGGUAAAUAAAACACAACUGUUCUUUUGAUGCUGCCCAGUGCCCAGGGGAGGAUUAACUAAACUUGUAAUAACGUUUACUCGGACAUCAUUUUUAUUUCCA